CAUGAGCAUGACUGUUAGUCUCAGCCCGGCACCACUUGUUUUUGGCUUCGAAUGGACAACCACAUAUUGCUCACAUUUCACCCCAAAAUCUCCCGGGGACCUUGUGGAUAUCAGCUUAUUUGUUGAUCUCUAUGGCAAUUAUGCUGUGGAUUUUUCUAGUGCAGCUCAUCAACAGCUUUGAGGGUUUAUCCGCAGCUCAAGAUGAGACGCUGUGCACCUCCGACGCCUGUUACACACUGCAUACGGACUUAGUGACCUUUGAGGAGGCCCGGCAGUACUGCUUCCACUACGGAGGUUAUCUGAUAACGGUGAGAGACAUAGAAGAAGAGGAUGUUCUGCGCUCUCUUCUUUCACAGAUCCAACGUCCACUUAAAGUUUGGAUCGGAUUAAAAUUGAACAGAGGGGACUGUGUGCUGCCAAGAGAGGCUCUUUUUGGGUUUAAGUGGGUAUCUGGGGAGGAAGAUUCCAGUUACUCCAACUGGGAGAAAGAACCUGACACCACCUGCACGAGAGAGAGAUGUGUAGAGGUUAAUUACAACUUAUCAGGUCAACUGAAGUGGACUGCCGGACCUUGCAAAAGGUCUUCUUUUUAUGCAUGCAAGUUUUAUUUCAAGGGAAUGUGCAAACCUUUGGCUCUGCUGGGGCCGGGACAGAUAAUCUACACGGCGCCUUUCUCUCCAAAGCCACUUAGAAGUGAAAUGCAAUCAUUUCCACUCGCAACGUAUGCUACAAUUUCAUGCAACGACCAAGAGUCUCAUGUCUCCCUGUGCAAUGACGUGGACAACGUCUAUCGUUGGACUGUCCCUGGUCCGUUUUGCAAAGCAGGGAAGCAAAGUUGUGCAAUAAACAACGGCGGAUGUGAACAUUUGUGCCGCCAGCAUGCAGAUGAGGUUCGAUGCCUUUGCAAAGAUGGUUACAACCUCGGUGAGGACGGACUAGCUUGCAGGAUGAAAGACUUGUGUGGCGCUGACACCUGUGAGCAUCAGUGCAUAAUGAGGGAGUCUGGGUAUUACUGCAAAUGCCCACAUGGGUUCAAACUGGAUGCAAACCAGCGUAACUGCUCUGAUAUUGAUGAGUGCAAGUCAAAAGCCUGUGACCAUCAUUUGUGUGUAAAUACACACGGCAGUUACAUGUGUGUGUGUAAUAGCGGCUACGAAAUGGUUGAUGGUGCAUGCAUUGAUGUGGACGAGUGUGUGCAGACAAGAUGCGAGCACAGCUGCUUGAACAAUGUUGGAUCUUUCUCUUGUUACUGCAACAAAGGCUUCAGUUUAGCCGAGGAUGGCCUCUCAUGCGAAGAUGUUAACGAAUGCGUCAGUAAUCCAUGUCUGUUCAAAUGCAUUAAUACUGACGGCAGCUUCCUGUGCACCUGCCCGCAAGGCUUCCACAUGACAGAUUCAUCAACCUGCACUCCAGACAACACGGAGACAUCAUCUGCCUCAUCAGACAACCCAGCUGAGGAGGAAACACAAGAAAACGUCACCGAGUCUUUAACCAGAACCACAGUGGAGCUCCAACACCAGUCCCCUCACACCGACGCGCCACUCCCAGCCCUGGUCAAUGUCACGCACAGUGAUCAGCAGAACAAUGCGUCCCUGGUGACAAGUCUGGACAAGACAGUAAACUCCAGGGUGAUCAUCUGCGUCCUGGGUUCAGUCAUCCCUCUGCUGCUGUUGAUCGCAGUGAGUCUGGCGAUCGCAAUAUUUCGAUGCAGUCGCUCCAAAAAAGAAGCCAAGAAAAUGACCACUACGGACGGGUACUGCUGGGUGUCUUCAGGUUUGGAUCCGCGUUUAGAGAAACUAUACGAGUCCAUCUUGACUGAUGACCUAUGACCUGAUGGUGGUGGAGAAGACUGUGUACAUGGAUUAUCAUGUUUAUUUAUGUAAAUUUUGUUCUUGCAAACCUCUCAAGGGUAUGUGUUGUUUUCAUUUUUUUACAUAUCAAAUGACAUAUCAGAAAAACCAUUUAAAAAUUGUGACUUUGGCAAGAAGUAGCAACUUUAAAUACAUGUAGGUGUUGGUGAAAAACAACUGUUAUAUAGAGGAUGUGUAAUGAGGGUGACUGGAUGUAGAGAAAUAAAAGUUUGAACCAGGUGCCAGAUGAUCCCAGAUGACCUUUUGAUUUGAGUUUAAUCCUUUAAAACCCGGGCAAUUUGCCUUGAUUUCUUUCAAAAUCACAGGAAGAAAGCAUUGAGUGAUGACAGAAGAAAUUCCACAGAAAUUAGCCAGCAAUUAUUCCCGAAAAUUACCUGAUAAUUAGUGUUUCCUUUUUACUUUAGACACAUUUCUUUUG